GUCACCCCGCUGAGCAGCGGUCACCACCGGAACAAGUGUACUCUUCCUACGAGAUGAGUGACCGGCUGGUCGGGGUGAAAUUACUGCCUGGGGAAAGGGUUCGAGGUGAAGCCCCCAAUGUGAGGAAAUGUACCUCAUAUAAACAGGUGCAGAAAUCCAUCACGGGGAAGCUGCUGUGCACGAAUUUCCGAGUGGCCUUUGUUCCUGUAGAGACUGGAGUGGUCCAGGUCCCUGCUGGUCAGAGGCACCUCCUUGGAGCUGAUGACGUUGCCUUGUCAUCCAUUGACCGUGUGGUAGCUGUGAACAGCUCCCGCAACAAACUUCUGCUAUCCACCUCCAACCUGAAAGGCCAAGCCCGGGAGCUGCUGAUUUACUGCAGGGAUUUCCGCCUCUUACACUUUCAGUUUGAACAUGAACACCGUACUGACGAGCUCAUCUCCUUGAUUGCUCAGUGCUGUCAGCCAGUCUCUCCUCGGGAACUAUUUGUGUUUGAGUUCGCUGUCGAAAUGUCAAACAUCAUUGACCCCAGGCUCGUCAACUCGAAUCCUGAGCAGGAGUUUGAAGCAACGCGGAUGUUUGAGACGCACUUAGACUGGGAGUUUGAGCUGGCCAGGACCGGAGCGUUAGGCUGGCGUGUUAGCCUGGUCAAUGAGCGAUUUGAAGUUUCAGCAAGUCUUUCUAAGGUUGUGGUCGUUCCGCGGAAGGUUCUGGACUUGGAUAUUAAGGAAGCAGCUGCUUACUUCAGUGAGGGCCGUGUUCCACGUUGGCACUGGCACCAUCGGGGAAGCAACCUCAUGAGAAUGAGCAACUUCCAGAGCAACACCUAUCCACAGCGAGACGGGGUCAGUAAGCUGGAGGAACUGUUGUAUGGUGCUCACUAUCGCCUGGUGAUCGCUGACCUGUCAGAUGAUUUACCAAAUCCUGUAGAAAUCCAGCAGGCGUACAGCAAACUGCGGACCCUCUGCAGCUGUGAGAACCCCAGCUCCCUCAAGUACUCUGAUGAAAAGUGGCUCUCGACCCUUGAGGGAACGCACUGGCUGGAGUAUGUGAGGUUGUGCCUGAAGAAGGCAGGUGAAAUCUCCUCGCUGCUGAGCAACCAGAGACUGACGGUCACCCUGCAGGAGACCGAUGACCGUGACCUGGCCUGCGUUAUCUCCUCACUGGUCCAGGUCCUGCUUGACCCUUCCUGCCGAACCCUCCUGGGAUUUCAGGGCCUGCUGCAGAAGGAGUGGGUGGAGGCCGGUCAUCGCUUCAGUGACCGCUUCAACCAGCUGCGAGCAACAGAGAAAGACGAGUCUCCAGUAUUCCUGCUCUUCCUGGACUGCGUUUGGCAAUUGUUGGACCGUUAUCGGGGCUUUUUUGAAUUCACCGAUCACUACCUGCUGGCGUUACACACCAGCACCCACACUGCGCUGUUUGGCACUUUCCUGUUCAACUGUUCAAGGGAACGGACCUACAUUCAGCAGUCUCCCCCAAUAGGUCUGAACGCUCGAAUGGCCCCUUUCACCAAUGACCGGUCGCUGUUGCGUAAUGCGCAGCGUGUCCAGCAGGUGGUGCUGAAGGGUGGUUUCUUCUCUCGGGACGAGGGGAACUGUCCACUCCCAUCGGUCUGGGACUGGUCACUUCAGUUUCCAACUGGACAUCAGGAGUUAUUCAGAAAUGCCCUAUAUAGCGGUGACCCGCAAUCCAUGACCCAGAAUGGGCCGUCCCAACAUCACAGCACUGAGAAGCUUGAUAUUCUGCCUGUGAGGUCAGUCUACCUCCUGAGUAAAGGUGUGCUCCUCGCUGCUCCCCAGUUCCUGCCGUGGAAGAACACAUCGGUAACGAAGAAGCUGAGUAAACUCAGCCAGUCACUGGAGAGUCUGCUGGAGUUAGAGCAACCGCAGAGAAUCUGCCCAGCUCCCUCCCUGGAUCCCAGUGGCCUCCUGCUCCCUCCCAUCCCAGCAGCCAGCAUCCGCUUCUGGAAGAGCUGUUACCUGCGCUGGCUGACCCAGGUGGAGGUAGAGAACACCUAUGGCCUCCUGUCUGCUCUCACCGCUCAGAUUAACUGCCUCCAGCAGAGACUGCAGCAACAAACCAACCAGCAGAAUCGAGUCUCCAACGGACUGGAUCACCAGGGCAAUCAGGUCCCCCACUCUGAUAAUCAGCAAGGAUCGACCGUGCCUCCCCCCACCUACCGACCUGACGGUACCACCAUGGAAACAUCCUUCUCCACGCUGAUCAGCAGAACGACGCGGUAACUCCCUGCCUGCAGGGGUGGUCUCUCCCGGUUUCCCAAUCACAGCCACAAAGGACCAAACACAGACUUGUUUCCCAGAGAAGUGGAGCUGGGUGCUUCUGAAUAAAUUUCCCAAGUUGUGGGUUCAGCUGGACGUAUAUUUUGCUGAUUUUUCCAGGACUUUUCUAGUUGCACAGGCACUGAGAGACAGGGCAAGGGUCCAGGGAUUCAUUGUGGAUUAAACUGUCCCCUCCCCUUCCUUCCCCCUUCCCUCAUUCACUGUCAUUAACUCAUUCCUCAGGCUCUGGGAUUGAGCAGAUCUUCCCUGAGGAAAACUGACCCUUCCCCUUCCUGAGGGAGACUGACCAUACUCCCCUCCUCUCCCUGAUGGAGACUGACACCCUCCCAGAGGUGGGGAUGGGUCCUGUGGAUCUGUUCGGGACUGACGGAGAUGUCCUCCGCUGUUCAGUUUGAACCUGUCAUUGAUUUUCAUGUGUUUCCCCACCCCCCCAACCCCCCCAACCCAGAGAAAUGGCCUUGACCUAGGCCAAGAUGUUCACCUCGGAAUAAUAACCUGAUGUUGCUCCCCCCUUCCCCUUAACAAGGUACCAACGAUGGGGAAUGGGAGCAGCGGCUUCAGGAAAGGGGAAUAGGGAAUCCUUCAGUGCCCGGAUUCUGUUUCCUGUCAUUCCCAAAGAACAAGGGUUAAGGAGAACCAGGGAUAGAAUUUACCAGAAAUGGAAGAUUCUGGAUUCCAACGCACUUUACUUGAGCUGUGUUCACGGAGGUUGCAAUGCAGUAGCCUGUCAGGGUUCGCUGUUUCUAUAUAUUUUGUACUGUAACCAAAUUAACUGUAGUUUUUUGACAAUAAUAAAGUAUAGUUUUAACACUAAAUCAAA